UGGUUAGUUUGCUGCUACAGAUACAGUUCUAUCAGUGUUUACGGAUCGCUUUGAGAAAGCUUUAGCAUGAGAAAUCUUUAUCCGCUUUUUAUCAUAAUAAAAAGAACUUUUCGUGAUUAUAUAUUAUGAAUCCAAAAUUUUCUACCUCAAAUCAUUUUAUUAUCUGCCCAAAAUGAUAAAAAAAAACAUCGUCAUUUGAGAUUUUAGUUUGCAAACAAAUGAUUCCUAUAGUGUUCCAAAUUAAAAGCUGCUUGGACAGCGAUGAAUUAUUUCUCCGAGCUUUACUAUAGUUUUUGGCUAGAACCAGUAACAUCUUAAACAUAUUCAAAACGCUUUUCAAAGAAACAGAAUAUUAUUUGCAUUUCAAUUUCAAAAUUGAUUUUAGUUUGGAGUGAUUUAAAAUGACAAAUACAUGCAACAUCGAAGAUGUUUAUUCGGCCCCAAGCUAUUCACCACCAAGUGUGGGUCAAUUUUUGGCGCUUUUUGUAAAUAUUUUCAUUCACAUGUUUAUUAGUUUUGUAGCUGUCUAUAUGAGUUAUAUGUGUUUUAAGUUAAAACUUAAGAAGACUGCAUUCCAUGCAUGGUUUUGCUCGAUUGGUUAUUGUUGUUUAAUGGCCGAAGGAAUGAUGACAUUCUAUGAAGGUAAUGUGCUUACUCAUCCGUUCGACAAUUACACUAAAACAACAAUUCAUUUGAUUCUAUCUGCGAUUGGUGGGCUGAUGGGGAUGAUUGGAAGUUUGCAGAAAUUUCUUGAAGUUAAAAGGCAUUUCACAACUUUUCAUGGAAAAAUUGGUCUUUUCUCAACAUGCUUAUGUUUCUUCAGUUUUACUUCUGGAAUCGCAUCUUUAUUUAUUGAAGAACCAAAGAAAGUUGUCCACACAAUGAUUAGUUUAGUGGUAUUUAUUGCGGGAAUGUGGGCACAAUAUACCGGAUAUGAAACUAGCUUCUUUAAGAGAAAAGUUGAUGUCGAUAUGAAAUUAUUAUUUAAAUUUUUAGUCAUAGUCAUAGUAGUCCUUUCCUGUAUAUCACCAAUGAAAACAAUGGUAAUGGUUUUGUUAAGUAAAUUUUAACUUCUUUUAAUAAAAAACAAACUCAAUUCUGAUAUAAUGGCCAAAGAUAUGUAAAACAUUUUGUAUUUAAAAAAAUAAAUAAUACUUUUUAUA